GAUGCACGACCAGGCGUUGCUGUCCCCCACGAAGCUGGUCCUCGAUGUCCACCAACUACGUCCUUGAUAAACAACUGCUCUAGUACACUUAAUAGCUCCUCCAGUUGUUCUUCUUCUAGAAGUGGCCCGAUCCACGUGCUAUAUCAGCGGCAACUCCCUGGCGAUUCGGUUUCGGUUGAGGAAGAGCAUAGUGCUCGUGUCACAGGAUCUCCUUCUAUGCUGAACAAUAACUACUACUUUUCUACAACUAGCACAGACGAACCAGAGGAAUUGCAACAUCGAGUAGGACAUCAUGAGCGUAGUUCACGUUCAAAACUACAGCUACAACAAAAUCUCCGAGGACGAGGAGAAGGUCAAGGACAAGGCCAACAGCAACAAAGACAACAAGCCGUCAGUUAUAUGGAAGAUCCGU